AUGCCCUGCCCGGUGUCCUGUUGUUCCUUUGCCGGGCGAGCCGACCACGGUAGCGGAAGUUCCACCGGACCGGACAGCAAUACCCACGUAACAGAGAAACGCUACGGUUGCUACAAGGCGGGCAUCUUCUUUGCCCUGGCCAUUAUAUUGCUGCUUCUGGUCGGUUGUCUGCCCGUCUUUAUGCUCACUACCAACAACAACCUGAUCCUGCUGAUCCUGCUCGUGACGCUCCUGUUCAUCGGUCUUGCCACCUUCAUCUACUUCCGAUGGCAGCGAAAUCGGGCACUCGCGAUGCGACGCACGUACGAGCAGCAAAAGUUUGCCCUGACACGCGUCCAUCAUUCUUCCGGCCCGGCGGCACCGGUCACCACCGACUCGUCCAAGGAUAAUGGUGUGGUGGGGUCGAAAAACAACACCCCAACCACACCGUACGGGCUGCAUACAGCAUCCAAAUUAAACGAACCAUCCAGGGUGGGAACAAUGCAACCGGGGACCGGUAUCAAACCCGACCCGACGAUAGCGGAAGGGACGGUGCAACGAUCCACAAAAAGUCCACCACGAUAUUCAUUCAUCUGA